AUGUCAAUUUGCAAGAAAAAUUAUUACUUUUUUAUUCUUUUUCUUUUUUUUAUUCUUUGUCUCUCGCUCUUCCCUUUCUUUUCUUUUCUUUUUUCUUUUUUGUCAUUUACCUGUUUUCCGUUUCCUACUUAUUUUACUCUUUUUUUUUGUUAUACCAUCGUAUUUCACAUUAAUCUCUCUCUCUCUCUCUCCUUUUCUCUCCACUUUGCUAUCUGCCUUCCCCCACCCCUUCCGCUCUCUCUCUCUCUCUCUCUCUCUCUCUCUCUACAUUCUGCGCUCCACUCUCUGUUUAACUCUGAUUUCUUUCUCUCUUCAUUUUGCUACAACCCUUUCUCUCCAUUCUGUCUGUUAUCUCUCUCUCCCCACUCAGUUAUCUUCUUUCUCCUUCCCUUGCUAUCUUUCUCAAGGCUCUGUUCUCUCCCUGUCUUUCCCUACAAACACUAUUCUGUUUCUCUUUCUAUCACCAUCUCUCUCUCUCUCUCUCUCUCUCUCUCUCUCUCUCUCUCUCUCUCUCCACUGUGCUCUUUUCCUGUCUCUACAAUCUGUUAUCUUUCUGGGUCUACACUUUCUAAUCGCUUUACCCACGCUCUCUCUCUCUCUCUCUCUCUCUCUCUAUCUAUCUAUCUAUCUAUCUACUUAUACUCUGUUCUCUUCGUUUCUGUCUUUCUACAUUCAUUUCUCCAUUCUGUUUUUCUAUUCUUUAUCUCUCUACACUCUCUAUUAUAUCUCAAUCUCUUUCUCUCUGUCUUUAGUCACUCAGUUUUCUCUCCACCUCACUCUAUACUCUUUGCUCUCUCUUUCUCUAUCCUCUCUCUUUCUCUAAAUGUAUAUAUAUAUAUUCUGCUCUCUCUCUCUCUCUCUCUCUCUCUCCACACUGUUAUCUCGCGUUCUCUUUUUACACCUAUCUUUUUCUCCAUCUCUCUCUCUAUCUAUCUAUCUAUCUAUCUAUCUAUCUAUCUAUCUAUCUAUCUAUCUAUCUCUUCUUUUCUGUCUUUCUACGAUGACAUCGUUGCUGCCAGGUUCAUAUCCCAUCAGUGA